AAAGAAAAACAGUAAGGGUUGGGGCUACCCGUGCCAGAGCAGAGAGAGGGAAGGAGACGCUGAGAGAGGGAGAAGGAGACGUUGGGUCAGAGCAGGUAGGUGCACUUUCAAUGCAGCUGCGUUUCCACCACCCUCUCCGAAAUUCGAAAUGGAUAACCGUUGCCUGUAACAAAGUAACCUGUGACUUGAAAAAUACCUAAUUCCUCUGUUUCAUUUCUUGCAAUCUUACCUGAUAGAAAAUUACAGGUUGAGACUGUUACCUGUAACAUUUCUCCCCCAAACACAAAUUUGCGAAGGGAUCGUUUCUAUUGAGGAAUUUGCUAAGCCCACACGCUUGUGGAAUCCUGCACCACGAUUCCCAAGCACACAUGGCGGAUUCCGAGGAACCCCAAUCCUCCGAACAAGUUUGCAAUUUCUUCCGCAAACCAUCCAAGAACAAGAACAUCCGAAAACGGACGAUUGACACUGAUGGCAACACUGAAGAUGAUGAUCAAGAAAAAUCCAACAUUUCUUCUGUCAUCCACAAGCCAAAAAAGCCUCCGAGACCUGAUAACAAGCUCCAUUUCUCAACUGUUGGAUCGUCAAAGAGAGCAACAGAAUCUGCUGAAUCCAAAGCUGAAGAAUCGAAAGACACUCCACUUUUCCAUUUUGAAUCAUCCAAGGAAAUCCAAGUCCACCAUGACAGCCGAGCGACAGCAACCUUAGAAACAGAAACUGAGUUUUCGAAAGAUGCCCGUGCAAUCCGAGAGCGGGUUCUAAAACAGGCAGAGGAUGCUUUGAAGGGGGAAAAGAAAGGUGUUGACGACGAGAAGGUGUAUAAGGGGAUCCAUGGGUACAAAGAUUACAAAGCUGGCUUCCGACGCGAACAGACGGUUUCAGGUGAGAAGGCUGGUGGGGCUCAUGGACCACUUAGAGCUUCAGCACACAUCAGGUCUUCAGCGAGGUUUGAUUACCAGCCGGAUAUAUGCAAGGAUUACAAGGAGACUGGUUACUGUGGGUUUGGAGAUGCGUGCAAGUUUAUGCAUGAUAGAGGGGAUUAUAAGUCUGGAUGGCAGAUGGAGAGAGAGUGGGAGGAAGCUGAGAAGGUGAGGAAGAGGAAUUUGGCAUUGGGAGGAGAUGAUGAUGUGGAUCGGGAAGGAGGGAAUCAGAGCAAUGAUGAUGAGGAUGAUUCAUUGCCCUUCGCGUGUUUCAUAUGUAGGCAGUCAUUCGAGGAUCCUGUUGUUACAAAAUGCAAGCACUAUUUCUGCGAGCAUUGUGCGCUGAAGCACCAUUCAAAGAACAAGAAAUGCUACGUGUGCAAUAAGCCAACCCUCGGGAUCUUCAACACAGCUCAUGAGAUCCGGAAAAAAAUGGCAGAGCAAAAAUAGUUAGGGAGUAUUUGGCCGAUGAUGCCUGGGAAUUUGUAGAGCUGCAAGAACAGAUCACUAAAGGCCAUAUAACUGUCUGUGCUCUUCAUAAGAAAGCAAGCUCUCAACUUUGUAAAAUAUUAGUAUGUUCAUCUUUAUUUAUAAGUUGAUUUAUCCUUCAAUUUAUUGUGUGGAGCAUAGAUGUGCUGCUACAUUCAUUUGUUUGUUAGCAUGUUGGCUUUCUAUUUUACCUACUUUUUUGUUUCGCUUACAGUUCCGGUAUUUCAUGUCAUGACAAAAUGAUGAGUUUUGCUGAGCCAACAUGUUUCAAGCUGUCCUGCAGGUGGUCAUGUAUGAGCCCUGGAUCGACAAUCAGGCAGGUCCGUCCAGCAUAUGGUACCUAUGUAUAUGCUGAAUGUGGACCACUAGCCAACUUGCUGUAGCUCCUAAUUUUUGUUCACAUUGGGCUUACCUGUUGAAUGCGCCAGCUUGAUUGUUGGGAAUAUGCUAUGGUUCCCAGAAGAUGGACCCCCUUGGAUUCCACACAAUUGCAACUUUGGCAUGUGUGACCACAUAGGUGGUCUGGAAUCUAUUGGUGUAUGAGGAUAGACCAAUCAGAAGCAACCUCCCUUUCAAAGAACGUUAGUUGUCAUGGUCAAAAUCAUGUUUCGAGAGUAGCAACUAUUAGCAUAUGACAUGGAAGGCUUUUGCAUGGUGUACAUGGGUUUUCAAUUCUGAAAAGUGGGCCUAGGCCUCGUUAAUACAGACCAUGGAUUAGUUGCGUGACUUGACGAGGCCAACAAAACCUCUGAUGUACCUGCUUUCAAUUUGUAGCCCGCAAAUAGAUAGUUACAAAGACAAAUGAAGCAAUGGUCGACAUUCAGCUUGAA